AUGAUGACUGCCUCGGAAACGACUAUCCUCGCUAAACGGCUCGUGUCGGACAACAAAAAACCGACCCCGACUGAAAAUGAGAUCCUGCAAGCGGUGAUACCCGGUCUCCGAAUGGCAGUCCAGGCACUCGAGGCCCAACUCAACGAAAUCGAAAUCGCGCUCGCAAUCUCCCCUGGAGAAGUCCCACCUGACGCGAAACUAGUUAAACAGCGUGAAACGGUGCAGCAAGAGCUCAACGCCGUGCAAGAUGUCCUUGCUCUUCAUAUGCAGGCGAUAACUGUCGCACAACAGAUUCCCAUAGAAGUACUGGAAACUAUCUUCACGUUGACGCUGCCUGAUACCGACUUUAUCUCCCCCUCGAGAACGGAAGCACCACUAUUGUUAUGCCAGAUAUCGAGCGCGUGGCGCAACGUCGCUCUAGCCACCCCGGCACUCUGGUCUUCGCUCUCGCUAAGCCUGGAUAGGCGACCAGGGACGUGGAAGAAUUUGGUCGAGACAUGGCUUGACCGAUCACGGGACUGUCCGCUCGCCAUUAGCUUCACCAUGAAGCGGGAUCGUCGUCCAGGACCCCCGUCACCAAAGAUCGAUUAUUUCAAUAACCAUGUAGUCCAAAUGUUUCGUCCCUCCGCAAGACGCUGGAAGCGCCUUCGCCUAGAUGCCCCCAUUAUCUCCACGUUACUCAGCACAUCGCUGCCGUCGCUCGAAUAUAUUGAGCUAAAUACGCAGGACAACUUCCAAGGAGUAUUCUUGUCUACCGCCAGCAUCCCAAGACUCACCAAGGUCGUUAUCGUCGGAGCUGAGUCCAACCCAGCACGAAUCUACUUGCCCUACAGCCGCCUCACCGAGUUGCACAUCAUGGAUUAUUUCUGUGGUCUUGACGAGGUGUAUCACAUCCUUUACAGCUGCAAGAACUUACUCCACUGCACUGUUCGCAUUCACCCACGGUCAGAAGCCUCUCUUCAAGACCAUCCACUGCAUCUGCCGUGUUUAUCAUCCUUGGUCAUCAGAGGAUCCAUCGGUUGGCCUGGAGUCCUGGACUAG